AUGAUGCGUAAUUCUAUGAAAUCGAAGACUAAGACAAUACAAAAGUAAAAGAAGGAUGUUCCUUAACAAAUAUCUAAGAGUGUGACACAAAAAAGAAGGGGAAGACCUCACAAAAAUUUACCUAUUGAAGUUUUGCCUAAAGAAGAGUCUUGCUCCUUGAAACAUUCAAAAAGUGCUGGGAUAUCUACGGAUGACUCUUCAUCUAACCAUGUUAUGACAGAAGAAAUCUCUUAAAAUAGCUUAGUUGAUGUAAGCACCAAGCUCAGACCUAUUUCAGACUUUAACUAGUUUCUUGAAGUUCCUAUCAUUAGGCCUACUAUUGAGGAAUUCAACGACCCUUUUAGACUUAUUGCUAAUCUUUAUCUAAAGGGAUAUGACAAGUAAGGGGUUGUCAAAAUUAUACCACCACCUGAAUGGAAGCCAGACUUCUAGUUCUCCAAGAUUUAGAGUAAGGUCAAUACUAGAGUGUAAGUUGUCAAUAAACUGUCUAAAGGAAAGCCAUUCGAGCAGAAUGAGGAAGGUUUUACUUACAAAGAGUAUUAGUAGUAUGCUGAGAAAUUUUAAAAAAAGUAUGAUUACUAAACAGAAGAGAGAUUUAUAGAGAAAGAAAGGCUGAAUGAAUAUGAAUUCUGGAGUAUAGUAGAGUUUCCUCACCUUUUCAAAGAUGUUGAAGUAGAAUAUGCAGCUGAUUUACCUUCAUAAAAGUAUGGUAGUGCUUUUGCUGAAUAACCUACUAAGCAUGACAAAAUAAGCUAUCUUCAUUCGUUUAAUUUGAAGAAUAUUAAUAGAUCUCACAAUAGUUUAUUCCAGUUUAUUAAGAAUGGUGGUGAUAUUAGUGGAAUCACAACACCUUGGGUUUACCUAGGUAUGCUCUAUGCUAGUUUCUGCUUUCAUGUUGAAGAUUUAUAUAUGUACGCCCUAAAUUAUCUUCAUAUGGGUGCACCAAAAACAUGGUAUACUAUUCCAGCUGAUUAUAAGGAGAAAUUUGAAGAACUAUAUUAAGAAAAAUAUAAAGAUAUAUUCUAAAAAAAUCCAGCAGUUUUACACCACUUGAAUUUAUAACUUUGCCCUGCAGAAGCUGUGAAAAGAGGUAUUCCUGUCUAUAGAACUGAUCAAAAAGCUGGUGAAUUUAUUGUCACUUUCCCUAAAGUGUACCAUGGAGGAUUUUCACAUGGUUUUAAUUGCGGAGAAGCUGUAAAUAUUGUGACUCCAGAGUGGAUUAAGUUUUACAAAGAGGCUAAAUUUGAUUAUGCAAGAAAAGGAUUCCAAAAGAAAGUAUCCUUUUCCCUUGCAUGGGUUUUGGUUUCUAUCAUUUAAAACCUCUAGGACUCCUCAUUUGAUAAAGUUACCUUAUAAAAUAUCCUUCAUGAGUGGUAAGAAAUUGAAAAGGAAGAAUUGCAUAAAAGAAAAGAUUUAAUAAAUAUCUAUGGAAAGAAGUUGAAAAUAUAUGAAUUUGCUAAUAAAAAUGAAAAGUAUGAUCGCCAUGUCUGCAAAAUUUGUUCAGGUUACUGUUAUCUAUCUUAUAUUUAUUGCAAUAAGUGCUUCACUUAAGGCUGUCCUGCUCAUAUUGCUCCUUGCGGGUGUAUAGAAAGCACAAUAUCCUUGUUUAUAAGAUUUAAUGAAAAGGAAAUGCAAUAGUUUGGCUAAAUCGUAAAGGACACAAUCAAAAAUAAUUUUUGA